AUAGUUAGUAGUGAAUUGUAGAAGCUAAUGCCCCCUCCCCUCCCGAAAAACUAAAAUGUAGAAGGUUCUCAAGGGCUAGUAGGGUGCGUCGAGCAGGAGUAAUGGAUUACAAUAUUGGUGCCAUUAAGGUGUUUGCCCGUCAGUUGAAGAAUGCUCGUCCCAUUUCUCCAUCAACAUCAAUAACAGGACCUGCCAUGACGCUCGGCACUCUUCUAUUUCAGCGAGUGUGGCUGCAGGGCAUGCUGGUCGCAUGUAGAGAGAACGGAUGUUUUGUUCUAGAUGAUGGUAGUUCUAUAAUAGAGAUAUUUCUUCCAAAGGAUUUUCUGCAGCAACAGUGGAAAAUAGGUAUGUAUGUGAUGGUAAUUGGAGCAUAUUCGGUUGGUGGGAGUGGUUCGCCAGUGAUCAAGGGGCAUAAGAUUGUUGAUUUAUCAAACUUCCCUGAUCGUGAGGCCAUGUGGCAUUUAGAAGUUAUUGAGGCAUAUGAGAUGUUUUACAAGUCAUCUAUGGUUGAAGGAUGACUUCAUUAUUGGUACUUGGUACUUGUGAUUGUAUCAAAAUUUUAAUGUAUUUUUUUUAAUGAUAAUGUGGUUAUAACAUAUAUAAUUUUACUUUUAUCUAUGCCAUAAUUAAUUUGUUCCAACA